UCGUCUCACUAACUCACUAUGCAAGGGUUAUUGUGCUAUUGUGUUACUCUCGAUCAUAUUGUGCUUCUCUUAAGUUCCAUACAUUAUCAACACAAACUCCAUGAAGUUGUAUCCUGCCCAUUUCAAAGACUCUGGCUCAAUCUACAGAUUACUACGUUGUGAUGAACAUAGGAAGAAGAUCACCAAAGCAAAGUUUCAGUAUCGCGCAGAAGGAAAAGAGAAUUUUCAAGAGUUUCUACAUUUUGGUGGUAAACAUACUACUAGAGCUAUUGCAGCAGACAUUCAGGUUUUUAGACAUGGUCAUUGAGACAAUUCUAAAAAGAGAUGGUUUUGAUGUAAGGAAGGCGAGACACAUGACGCCACUCGCUAUUGUUUCGAGUAGAUCCCAGGAAAAGUCCGGUGUUGGAAAAGAAGAGGACAGAGCCAGGGAAUAGUAACUUUAUACGCAUCCUUUUCGGCCAAGUUUGAAAAGAUGGUUUACACAUAGAUCAUAGGUA